AUGGGUUUGACUAAGGUCGUGUCCGGGGUGGCCGGUGUGACAGCUGUUGCCACCACCUUCAGCAUUAUCCUCGUCGGUUAUCUUAUCAACGACAUCAAUAACUUCUAUGAAGAAGCUGUCGAACAGCUGGCUGACUUCAAGGACAUGGCGAACUCUGCAUGGUACCAAAUGCGGCCGAGCCCAGAGGAAACUCUGCGUCAAGCCCGCUCUAUCGCACGUCCACGUCGUCAGUACCCAGAGCACUGCAAUUGCGGACCACAGGCGGGAGGCUGCCCAGUUGGGCCGCCAGGACCGCCUGGUCCAGAAGGAAUGCCAGGAGAACCAGGACAACCAGGGCAACCUGGCAAAAAAGGAAAUGACGGAAUAGCGAUCUCAGGCGGAGGUGGAGCGGGGGGCUGUGUCAAGUGCCCCAUAGGCCCUCCGGGACCACCUGGUCCAGAGGGGCCUCCUGGACCACCUGGACCUGAUGGAAUGCCGGGCGCUGGUGUAUCCUAUCCAGGAGUUGGAAUGCCUGGACCUCCCGGACCACCUGGAGAUGCCGGUGCACCCGGAGCACCGGGAGAACCUGGUGCGCCAGGAAUGCCUGGAGCAGCAGGGACGUCAGGAAAGGGGCUGCCCGGGCCUCCAGGACCUCCCGGACCAGUGGGUCCUCCUGGUGAGAUUGGAGCAGAAGGCACAGUGGCAGAAGUUGCUCCUCAAGGACCGCCUGGACCUCCUGGGCCUCCUGGUCAGCCUGGACCAGCUGGAGAGGACGGCGCUCCAGGGGAACCUGGUACGUCUGGUGAACCCGGCACUGAUGGCGCUUACUGUCCAUGUCCGCCAAGAAGCACUUCAUUCUUGAAACGGAGCGCGCCGGAGAAAAGCUCUACUACUAAACAAAGCCGUUCCACAAAGGCACCCAUGCAGCGCGUAGCUGCUGUUGCGAGACGACGACUUGCCAGAACGAUGAAAGCCUCGGCAAAGAAGACAGGUACUGCGUAG